AUGUACGAAGAGCUUAUGAAAAGCGUCAGUGCGAGUGACCUUUGUUGCAGCGUAGAGCAGCAGCAGCAGCAGCAGCAGCAGCAUGAGGCUCAAGAAGAGCAGCAGCACCAGCACCAGCAGCGUUACCAGUCGCAAGAAGAGCAGCAGCAGCAGCAGCAGCAGCAUGGGGCUCAAGAAGAGCAACAGCAGUGCCAGCAGCAGCUUGGGGCGCAAGAAGAGCAGCAGCUGCUGCUGCAGCAAAAGCAAUUGCGGCAGCAACAGCAUGAGCAACAAGAGCAGCAGAAGCAGCAAGAUCAGGAGCUGAGGGAGCAGAAGCGGCGCCGCCGCUGCAGCAGCCCGGAGCAGCAGCAGCAACAAAGGCAGGAGCAGCCGCAGCAGCAGCCGCAGCAGCAGCAGGUGUCAGACUCGCAGCAGCCAGCGGUGGAUCGCCGAGAAAAUUUGUGCCAG